AUGCAGUAUGAAACCUUUACUUAUAGUGAAUUUGUUUAUCGUUAUCCAUUCCAGGAGUCAGUGGCAAACAGAGUAAAUAAGAACUGUCGCUCUGAUCUUGACUGCAUUGAUGGCAAAUACUGCCAUGCAUUUUUUCAACUCUGUCGCAGGUCUCAAGAAUUUGUAACGGUUGCGCCUGUGAAGUCCUCAGUUAAGAAAUGCUCGAAAGACUCAGACUGCAAGAUGAUAGAAUAUUGCCACAACUUCUGGGAAAUUUGUCUUCCAUCACAAACACAGUACAAGCAAUCACCGACUAAGCGUCCAUCAUGGUAUUGCCGCACGUCCAAGGAUUGUAAAAUGAACGAACAAUGUCACAAACGCUUCCACGUGUGUUAUACAAGACCAGGAAUGUCGACUGUCCGACGUGAUACAGGGAAUUCCCGACGAUGCGACAAAACAAGCGACUGCGGCGCGAACUCAUACUGCCAUGAUCAUUUUCAUAUCUGUCUUAAAGAUACACCAACUUUCACAAAAUCACCAACGCUGGAAACCACCAAACGAUGCGGUCCAAACACUGCCUGCCCAAACGGAAUGCUCUGUCAUAAUUUCUGGAAUAUUUGCUACACUCCCGCCCAAGUUGUGACUUUAGCGCAGAAAAGUAAAACACAGCAAUGUCAAAUUGAUAGGGACUGCGCACCAAACGAGUUUUGUCAUACUAUGGUAGCAGGUCACGUGGUUGCAAGACACAAACGGAAUAUUGAAAGGAUGUGUCUUUCUCGGAAAUUGCGACAGCUUCCGAAGGAUGACGAAGCUACACCGUGUAAGAGCGAUACAGACUGUGGCCCGCAUAAAUGUUGUUUAGGAAAUCUUGGUAUCUGCAUGGCAUAUAAAAUGACAGGCGAAAUGUGCCUAAUAGCAAAGGUAGCCAAAUGA